GCUCUGCUCUGCUCCACUCCAGUCCGCUCACUCUCUGCGCGCACACCGACGAAAACUUCACCAUCUCUCUCUCUCUCUCUCUCUCUCUCUGUACUGCAACCCAAAGAACGAUCUUCGAUGAAUGCCUAGGCGUCGCGCGUUGAUGACCGAUCGAUCGGCCUCUUUGAAUCGCAGCGACAUCCAUCGGAAUGGCCGCCUCUCUGCUCUUCCCCGAGCUGGCCUUCCUCUCCACUCAAGCAACCGCCCCCACGCGCCGCCUCUCCGUCUCGUCUCGCUCUCUCUCCAGAACCGCCUUCUCCCGGAGGAGCAACAACCCCUCCGUCGCCAGAACCAGAGUCCGGGCCAGAGUCGUCAAGGAGGACGACGUGCUGCCUCAGGAGGCGCGCGAGACCGAGCUGGUUGAGAAGCUGAAUGGCUACCCCUCGACCUGUAACGGAGCCGCCUCCCCGAGCUCGGGCGGAGGCGACGAUGCCUAUUCGAACGGUUCUGCUGGUCAUUACGUGGAGGAGAUGGGGAGCGCGGAGGGCAAUGGGAGCUUGGUGAAGUAUGCGAAGGGGAAUGGCGGGCCGACGUCGCAGUUACUGAAGGAAGUGGAAGUGGUGGAGGCCACAGAGGAAGGGAGGAAGAGAAGGAUCGAAGAGAUUGGUAAAGAGGAGGCUUGGUUCAAGCAAAGUGGACCACAAGUUGAGGUAUCUGUUCAACCUGGUGGUCGGUGGAGUAGAUUCAAAACAUAUUCAACCAUUCAAAGAACAGUGGAGAUAUGGGGAUUUGUUUUGAUAUUUAUUUUUAGGGUUUGGUUGAGCAAUCAGAAGUUCUCUUAUCGAGGAGGAAUGACUGAACCGAAAAAGGUCUUGCGGCGUAAGGUGCUUGCCAAAUGGCUGAAGGAGAACAUAUUGAGACUGGGUCCGACAUUUAUCAAAAUUGGACAGCAGUUCUCAACAAGGGUUGAUAUUCUUCCUCAAGAAUAUGUUGACCAGUUAUCUGAACUUCAGGAUCAAGUUCCUCCUUUUCCAUCUGAGACUGCUCUAUCCAUAGUCCAAGAAGAGCUUGGAGCUCCUUUGGAGAAUAUUUUUGACAGAUUUGAUUACGAGCCCAUAGCUGCUGCUAGUCUCGGUCAGGUUCAUCGAGCACGUUUGAAGGGACAGGAAGUAGUUGUUAAAGUGCAAAGGCCUGGUCUCAAAGAUCUUUUUGACAUCGAUUUGAAAAACCUAAGGGUGAUUUCUGAAUAUCUUCAAAAGAUCGAUCCAAAGUCAGAUGGUGCCAAAAGGGAUUGGGUUGCAAUUUAUGAUGAGUGUGCAAGUGUAUUGUACGAGGAAAUUGAUUACACCAAAGAAGCUGCUAACGCAGAGUUGUUUGCUAGUAACUUCGGGCACAUGGACUAUGUGAAAGUCCCUUCAAUUUUCUGGGAGUACACGACACCCCAGGUUUUGACCAUGGAGUAUGUUCCAGGGAUUAAAAUAAACAAAACACAAGCUAUUGAUCAGCUGGGGGUAGAUCGGAAAAGAUUGGGACGAUAUGCUGUUGAAUCCUAUUUGGAGCAAAUUCUUUCUCAUGGUUUUUUCCACGCUGAUCCUCAUCCAGGAAAUAUUGCCGUUGAUGAUGUCAAUGGUGGACGGUUGAUAUUCUAUGAUUUUGGAAUGAUGGGAAGUAUAAGCUCGAACAUCCGAGAAGGUUUGUUGGAAGCAUUCUAUGGUGUCUAUGAAAAGGACCCAGACAAGGUCCUUCAGGCAAUGAUUCAAAUGGGCGUUCUUGUGCCAACCGGGGACAUGACAGCUGUCAGAAGGACUGCACAGUUCUUUCUUAACAGUUUCGAAGAGCGUCUUGCUGCACAAAGAAGAGAAGCAGAGAUUGCAACGGCAGAACUAGGCUUUAAAAAGCCCCUGAGCAAGGAGGAAAAGAUUGAGAAAAAGAAGCAAAGGCUUGCUGCAAUAGGAGAAGAUUUGUUAGCCAUUGCUGCAGAUCAGCCCUUCCGAUUUCCUGCAACAUUUACAUUUGUUGUGAGAGCAUUUUCAGUGUUGGAUGGCAUUGGGAAAGGUCUGGAUCCUCGAUUUGAUAUAACUGAGAUUGCUAAACCUUAUGCACUGGAGUUGCUAAAAUUUCGUGAAGCUGGUGUUGAAGUCAUUCUGAAGGACUUUAGGAAGCGAUGGGACCGCCAAUCUCGUGCAUUUUACAACUUAUUUAGACAGGCUGACCGAGUUGAAAAGCUUGCAGAAAUCAUCCAGCGACUGGAGCAAGGUGACCUCAAGCUCAGGGUUCGGACUUUAGAAUCUGAGAGGGCCUUUCAACGAGUUGCAGCUGUCCAGAAGACAGUUGGCAAUGCUGUGGCUGCUACAAGCCUGAUGAACCUUGCAACAAUUCUGUAUCUCAAUUCGAUUCGAGCGCCUGCCGUAGUAGCAACUGUUCUAUGUGCAUUUUUCGGAUUCCAAGUUCUCUUCGGCCUUAUAAAGGUGAAAAAGUUGGAUCAAAGGGAGAGAUUGAUUACAGGAACUGCUUAGACAUUGGGUGUGCAAAUUCUUUUGCAGGUGUAUAGGAUUAUUGAAACGUAAGAAGCUGCUCCUGAGUGCACUUACAAACAUUUCGAGGGGAGCCGAAAAUCUGUUGGGGAGUUGUUAUAAUUCACCUCUUCAAUUCAACUGGAUAAUCAGCAUGCGACUGAUUCUUUAACUGUACAUGUGAGGAAUAUUAUUGAAAUGCAACAAACUAAUCUUUUGGGCCAUUCCGUGAAGUUUAUCUGCUUAAGUAGCCCACUAUCAGGCUUGCCCGCCUUUUGACAGAUAGGCCUGUGCCAUAAUAAGCAAGUUUAGUACUAGAAACUUCGAGUUGAACGCAGAGCAGUCUUGAAGUUGUAAUUGUCAUUUGUCAAGUUUUGGGUAGUUCGACCUUUCGAACAUGUGGCAGGUGAUGUGUAACAGAACUUGUAUAACCCAGUAACAUAUAGAGGGCUAUUUAGUGACAACAUUCGUGUACUAAUUGUACACAUCUCGGGCCACUUA